GAAACUUUAACGAGUUUAGACGCGUUCAGACACGUUCAGACGCGUUUCGCUUGUCGUCCUAUUCUUGUUGUUGCAACCGCCUUGAUCACGGUCGAGCAAUAAACUGCCAUAUUGGAGAAGUGUUUCUUUUCGCGUGUCGUACCAAUUAAAUUUACGUGAUAAACUCGGUGCCCUUACAAUCCUCGGCAAGCAUCAUGAACGAGUGGAACGAGCUGUUGAAGGCGGAGCUGCUGCCAUCGACCGGUUCCUUCCGGCCGGAUCCAGACACAACCGGAAGUGGCAACACCGUUGGAGAUGGUUUGCUGCGAAAGAUGGCCUCGUCCGCCUUCGUGUUGCCGCGGGAGAAUUUCGGGUUGUUCCUCCGACAAUCGCUCAAGAAUAUUUCGAUUCCACCCGCGCUGGAGUCUGGUGCGUUGGGGAAGCAGCAACUGGCUGAAAGUAAGAGCUCUUCAGGUCUGGAAAUCACAUCCACGGGACUGCGCGAGAAGGUAGUCGCUUACGAACAUGCUCCCGAACACCUGCGAUUUAACCCCUUCAUACGCACCGGCUAUCGGACGUAUCUGUCAGCGCGACUCUGCCUAGAGAGCAUGUUCUGGUGGACAAAUGAAACCGUCAACAUUUGGAGCCAUGUUCUCGGGUUGUGCGUGUUCCUCAUUCUGGCGUACUACGACACCGCCAUGCUGCAGAUACAAGCCACCACAGUCGACAAGGUGAUCGUCGGCAUGCUGCUAUUCAGCUUCCAGCUUUGUAUGAUCUUCUCUUCGAUAUACCACACGUUCUCGUGUCACUCCGCGGACAGCUACGAUCGGUUACUUGCCUUCGAUCUGUUCGGUAUCGCCCUGUCGUUGCUGGCCAUCUUCAUGAGUGGCAUCUACUACGCCUUCUGGUGCAACCAGCCGCUGCGGGACUUUUAUAUGAUUACGAUCGGUGUCAUCUUCACCGCAGCUAUGGUACUGCAAAUCCCCCAGCUGAAUGUGCACUCCAACGUGAAAAUGCUGGCCUUCGUUGCCUGGGCUGCGUACGGUGUCGUACCCACGCUGCAUUGGUAUUACGUCAUGGGUGGCACUGAGAGCACGAUGGUCAAGAUAUUCAUUCCACGUGUUAUUGCCAUGUACGCAAUGACCGGCUUUGCAUUCCUUAUCUACGUUACCAAAAUCCCUGAGCGAUGGUGUAUCGGCCGAUUCGACUGCAUUGGCCAUUCCCACAAUCUGUGGCAUCUUAUCGUUCUUGCAGCCCUGUGCUACUGGCAUAACAGCGGGAUGAAGUACGUCGAGUUCCGGAUGACGCAUGGAUGCUCCGCCGGCGUCAAGUACGCGUAGUAUCAGGACUCUUCCCAUCACUCCGCAGAGUACGCCUGGAUCAUACUUGGAGCCUAGAUUCGUCUGCCGCCGAGGCCUUUUAAACUGUACAGACUUAGGAAGCUAGAAUCAUUGUGGACCAGGGUAGGGGAAUUGUACAUAGCAUAGAGGAGAAGUAUCUUUAAUCGGAUUGUAACAUCCUGCUGCCAACAAGCACCUAUUGCCGAAGACAUAAAACACGACUAGGCUGCUCUAGAGGAGAAUCUAGAGUUGAUCGCAUCUAGAUCUCGUGUGGCGCAAAGGCUUUCGACCUUAGCUUUUCUCGGUUUGUCCGCACUUGAGACGUAGCGUUCGUCUCUCCUUCCUCAAGCGACGAGGAUUUAUUUUCAUCACCUGUAUCCCUGGUGAAGGAAAUAGUCUGCGGUGUAGGAGGAAAAGAGAGGGUAUGUAGUGAGUCAUUGAAAAAUAGUAUCAUUUGCAAUUCAAAAUCCGAACUAUCAAACACAAUGUUGAAGUUGUUCAUUUCUGUGAAAAGACUCCAAUUUUCCUCUUUAAAAUGGGUGGGGUUGCAUGUAGUGGUGCUAUAUUCAUGUUGUUGUAAUAAAUUACAACACUUUUUGAAGUAAGCCGCUACCAUUUGAUUAUGCAUAAGUAACGUGAAAGGGUGUGAAAUUGAAAAUCAAAUCGUUUUUUUUUCAGCUUAUCAGUAUGAAGAAAAAUAGUCAAACGUUUAUACGAAUAUGAUUUCACAACAUUUAGUGCUUUAGGAUUAUGACAUGUGAAGCUUCUAAUAAACGCCUUAAAGCUUGAACAACAACUUUUAGCAAAAACAGUGAAGAUUUAUCUUCAAUGAAACAUAUUAUAUUAAUAGAUAAAAAUCAUUCCAAAUCUCUAGAGCAGUGAUGUCAAACUCAUUUGGCUUGCGGUUUGCCAACAAAAAUGGUCUUGCAGGCCAACAUUUAAAAUAUCGCUUCUGUGUCGUAAAAAAUACAUUCCUGCUUACUAUAGUAGACCGUUCUUCA